AUGUCGUCACCCAACGAACAAACAACCUCUGAACAGGAACAGCCUGUCGAGUCAACCGGUGCAGCUGCUGCAGAAUUACCGGUGACCCAAGCCGCUCAAACGAGCGUAGAUCCACGAGCCGUGGAUGGUACAGCGGAUGAGUCCCAUGAGGCCGGUAAUGAGGACGCCAGCAAGGACCAGACCGAUGGCACGGACGCUGGUGCAGGAGAUUCGGAGCGGCUGCUAGUCUCGUCCACCCCCGAAUACAAGCAGAUGAUCCAAUCGAGGUCCAACAUGAAGCGUCGACUGACGAGGGUGAGGCGAAAGAUAAAAAUUCACCUAGACCUGCUAGGAACUGAUUGUUUCAGCGCAGACGCUCUUGGCCGCCUAGAUGUUUCUGCCGCACGUUCCCUUUACGAUGAGGCGUCCGGUUUGAAGUCAAACAUCGAGGGUAUCCAAGACAAUAUUAGACGGAGCUUAGAAGACGCAAACGAGGAUAAGAAAUUAGAUGAACAAGACGCGUGGGAGAAUAAUUUCGAACUUGAAUGCGUGUGUUUGCUGAGGCUCGCACAAUGUUUACAACAAUGCGACCACCAUUCUCGCACUCAGUAUGAAGCUGAAGACGAACGCCGCACCCGACUCCGAUUACUAGAAGAGCAUGGACCACGCGCGCUAGAUGUUCUUGGUGCGGCCAUGUCUAGCCCUCGCAGCGGACCAAAACCAACAUGUCAUGCGUCGCCAACACUACAUGCGUGGAGUGAGAAGAGUGCCGACGCGGAUAUCGACACUGCUGCUUCAAGUGCUUGUGACACUGUUGAGCCACCGCGACAGUCCCAAUGUGAGUCGGCUGAACAGUCACACGCACAAAGUGCAGUGCUUCAUGACAUUGUACAUGUAGUAGAUGCAACUGAGUCUCCUGCCAGCGCAGCAAAUGCACAGGAAACCAGCGCAGCAGUCAGUGUCAGAAGCCAACCAAGAUCACCAGUGCCACCAGUCCCCAAACCACGUGUCAGGCAUGCCAUUGGCCCUGGCACUGGUAGAACUGCUGCCACUCCAGCAGUGCAUGCGGUGCCCAGCCCAAGUCCCACCUAUGGCAGUGGUGAGGAGGACAGGGCCUAUGACUAUGAGCAUUACCUCCAGCAGGAGACCCAGGACAGACAAGCAGUACAACAGCUUCAGCCAGAUGCAGAAACAUUCUAUCCACCAGACCAUUCUGUCGCCGCCAGGACAGUCCCUCCACCAGCCACAACCUGGCCACGCGAUGCUAUUGCCCCACUGGAGCAAGCUCUUCAGGGCGCAGUUAUGAAUGUCGCCCAGGCUUUGAGCCAAAACCAAACGCCACAACACACCAGCACAUCCGCUGCAGCCGGCCCAAGCUCCGUUGUGUUCAAGCUAAAACCGAUGGAAAUACCGAGCUUCGACGGGCAGGUCACCAACUGGCCCGAUUUUUGGGACCUGUUUGAAACUGCCGUGGACAAACAGCCAAUGUCCGAUGUCGUUAAGCUGAGCUACUUGAAGAGUGCCCUCACUGGCCGAGCUGCCCACACGCUCGCUGGUCUGGCUAUCACCAACAACAACUAUGCCACGGCCGUACAGCUACUGAAAGAACGAUACGGACGGACAGAUGAUAUUGUUGCUGCCCUGUAUACCAAGCUGCAGCGAUUGCAAAGCACAUCGUCCAAACACCGUGAUAUCCGGAACACCAUUGACAACAUCGAACGGAUACUACGACAGCUGGCUGCCAUGGGCAUUAGCGUUGAACAGCAGCCACUAUUGGUGCAGCACAUUUUGUCCAAGUUCCCUACGGAAGUACUCACCAAGCUAGAGGAAUGGCGAACAUCGAGCCAUCAGUCGUGGACGGUCGCCACCCUGCGAUCCGCCCUUCAGCGGUAUGCCGAAAUCCACCGGAAUUUGCGGGAAGGUUCCGAGACUUCUGCCUCUCAGUCUUCAAGGACACCGGCCACACAGACACAGCACGGCUCACCAAUGACCAUGCAAGGAACUGGACACGCUCUUUCAUCUCAGUCAACGCAUAGUGCACCUCCACGUCUAUGUGUCUUCUGCAAGGGGACUCACUUCAACGACCAGUGCGUCACCUACAAGCUGGCUCGGACAAGACAACAGAAGCUCCGAGAACAAGGUCGUUGCUUCAUUUGUCUGCGACGGAGCCAUAUGGCGUCCCAGUGCCCAGAGAAAACCAAGGCGUGUUUUCACUGCAGCAAGACCGGCCACAACCGAGCUAUCUGCCCAGCCCAUGAGAGACGUGAGCCCUCCAAAGGCAGCUCAAGGCCACAACCUGAGGAACUUGCAAAUACGUGCUCCGCCAGUCUCGUGUCAGAGGGUCCCAGCGACAAGACUGGUGCAGUAUUCCUCCAGACAGCACAAGUGCAGAUUCAAGCUGCCGAUGGUAGCUUUAUCACCGCGCAUGCGUUACUGGACACCGGCAGCAAUCGCACGUACAUGAGUACCCAGCUCAGCAAGCAGCUUCAGCUGCAGCCGGAGAGACAAGAGUCAUUGACCCUCAUCACCUUUGGAGUGACACACCCACGCAGUGUUGUUACAUCGGUCGUUCAGACGUCCAUCUCACUGUCCGACGGACAGAGGUACCCCAUCAAAGCGAAUGUACUCGACACCAUUACACGACCUAUCCGACGCUACCCUCUUCCAUCUGAAGAUGCGGAGUUCCUGGCAGGCGAACCAUCCAUUCAAAUGGCAGACACCAUACCAUCAACAGCCGAGACGAGGGCCAUUGACAUUCUCAUUGGUUCUGAUCAUUACGGAAAUCUUGUGCAAGGAUCACCGCAGCGUCUACCGUCAGGUUUGUACGUGAUGGAUACGCUCUUGGGUCACAUCGUCACAGGACAGUGUUCGUCCAAGUCGGAUGACAGCAACAGCUCAACGCUUCUUGUCAUGACGCAGGCAAGCACCGGUCUACAGCGUCCGCUAUAUGACUACAUGGCAACCGCCGACUCUGCUCUGCUUGCUGAAGUCGAACCAAACUUGACGGAGUUUUGGUCGCUAGAAAGGAUCGGUGUGGAGGACCCAGCAAGUCUCCCAACAGAUGACGACACAGUUCGACAGUUCGAGGAGACCGUCACGUUUGCCGACGGCCGCUACACAGUCCAGUUUCCAUGGAAGCCCGACAUGCAGCUUCCACACAACAAGGACCUAGCCUACGGAAGGAUGAAGUCACUGGGGAAACGGCUUGCAGCAGAUGGAGACCUGCUGACCAGGUACAACGACGUGCUGCUGCAGCAGGAACGGCUUGGCAUUAUCGAGCGAGUCACAGAGAAAACCAAGUGCGGUCAACGCUCGCACCAUCUGCCGCACCAUCCAGUGUUGUCUCCUUCGAAGGCUACCACCAAACUCCGAGUGGUCUAUGACGCCAGUGCGAAGAUCAAUAAGACAGCACCGAGCCUGAAUGACUGCCUGAAUCAAGGGCCGUCCCUCCUGCCUAGCCUCUGCGGCAUUCUGCUACGAUUUCGCCUGGCCCCGAUCGUGCUAAUCUCAGAUAUUGAGAAGGCAUUCCUGCAAGUAAGGAUUCAAGAGACAGACCGUGACGUCGCCCGAUUUCUGUGGUAUCGUGACAUCACUAAGCCGGACGUCAUCGUGGACAACAUCGAAGUCUACCGGUUCUGCCGACUACCAUUUGGCAUCAUCAGCAGUCCGUUCUUGCUGGAUGCCACAAUCAGGCAUCACCUUGACAAACACAAGACAGCCACAGCAGCCGAAAUUCGCAAGAACAUCUACGUGGAUAACAUCAUGCUGACGGCUGGUACUGCAGAGGAAGCCGAGGUCAAGUACCGCGAGACUCGGCAGGUGUUCAACUCCGCGUCCAUGAAUGUACGUGAGUGGUCGUCCAAUGACCCUGCUACCUCCUCUGUGUUUGACCCGAGUGUGACAGCGACGAACACGAGCCAGAAAGUUCUCGGCCUGCAGUGGGAUACCGUCGCCGACACAUUCCACAUUCCAGGUGUGAGCUCCGAGUCGCCUGACGUCGACAGCAUAGCAUCCAAACGGCGUGUUUUGCACAACGUAGCACGCAUUUAUGAUCCACUCGGACUCUUCAACCCAGUCACCUUCCAUGCCAAAGUGUUUUUGAGAACGCUUUGGAGGGACGACCUGUCUUGGGACGACGCUCUACCCACAGAACGACUCGAGCAAUGGCAGUCCAUAGAGGGUAUACUUGAGCCGGUCGCAGACAUCCGUAUCCAACGCCGAACCUCCACUCUGAAGUCAGUUACCGAUCGACAACUUCAUGUCUUCUGUGACGCAUCAAAGGACUCCUAUGCAGCGUGUGUCUACCUCCGUGAAGCCAACGGACCUGAUGCGACAUCGACACUGCUCUUCUGCAAGAUGCGAUUGGCGCCAGCAAAAAGGGAGCUCACCAUACCCCGCCUAGAGCUCAUGGGCGUAGUCAUUGCAACCAGAGCUCUGCUAUUUGUGCGCAAAGAGCUCGGCAUCGACAUCACGAAGAGCUUCCUGUGGUGCGACUCACAGUGCGUUCUCCGCUGGCUUGUUACGCAUAAAGACCUGAGUGUGUUCGUCCGUAACCGUGUCAAAGAAGUCCAGCAAGUAGAAGAUCUGUCAUUCCGGUAUGUUCGCAGCGAAGACAACCCUGCAGAUCUAGCAACGAGAGGCGCCACUGUGCCUGACCUCAGUGACAUCUGGUGGCACGGACCUCACUGGCUGCGGCAAGCCGAGGACAACUGGCCCACCUGGCAGCGACCUCCCAUCACUCCAGAAGAUUUCAAGAAUGUGAUGGCCGAGUGCAGGGGACCCAAGGCUGUCUUCGAAGCAUCACUUGUCGCCAACACGGAAGACACACCUGUCGUACAAUCGACUGGUCUAGCUGGGAUCGAGCCGGGACACCGACAGCUGUCAACUCUAUUGCGAAUCACCGCCAAUUGUCUGGUCUUUCUACGAAAGAAGAUCUGGCAGCGACUCUCCAGUGACAGCCAACAGAAGCUGAGGACGAAGCACCCACUCCUCGCAACAGUCCUGUCUGAAACGCCCUCCAUUCGCCUAUCUAACUGCCUUUGGGUGAGGCAUAUCCAGCAGCAAAGCUUCCCAGACAUGGAGUCGAAGAAUAGCAGCAUAGUGACGCAACUCGGCAUCCACGCAGAUCAGUAUGGUGUGCUCCGGUGCCACGGAAGACUUGGCAAGGCAUAUGAGGCUACGGAUUCCACACCUCCCGCGCUACUGCCACGGAACCACUGGUUCACUACAGCUGUUGUCGAGGAGAUGCAUCGACAAGCUCUCCACGCUGGACCGGCACACACGCUCACCCUGAUACGACGCAGCUACUGGCUUCCAAAGGGAAAGGCAGCGGUGCAAAGGAUUCUUCGCCAGUGUACCACGUGUCGUCGCCAUGAGGGCCAAUCAUUCCGCCUGCCGCCGAUGCCGUCGCUUCCAAAGGAGCGAGUUUCAAGGUCCAACCCCUUCCAGUAUGUUGGGACGGACUACUUUGGUCCGCUGCGAGUCAAGCAACCUGGAGGCACUGACAAGGUCUGGGUGUGCAUAUUCACUUGCUUCACUGUACGAGCAAUCCAUUUGGAAUUGGUUUCAGACAUAUCAACAUCGCAAUUCGUCAUGUGCUUUCGCAGAUUUGUGUCUCGCCGAGGUGUGCCGCACAUGGUAUACUCCGACAAUGCCAAGCAUUUCAAACUCGCCGCAUCUGUGUUCCGAGAUUUAUGGCACACGGUCAUCAAUGAUCCCGAUCUCCACAGCUACAUAUCCUCACAAGGGAUAACCUGGCGCUUCACUACUGAGCUUGCACCCUGGCAAGGUGGCAUCUAUGAACGUCUGAUCGGCACAGUUAAACGGUCCUUUCGGAAGGCCAUCGGUCGUAGCCUACUGACCCGUGACGAACUGCAGACUUUAUUAACUGAGGUUGAAGCUGUAACCAACUCGAGACCGCUGACCGCAAUACCAUCAGACGAAGACUCGCCGGAUGUGUCUGUCUUGACACCUGCACACUUCUUGAGCCCAGGUCUGUCCCUGAUGGCACCAUUCGGAGCGCUGGAUGAACAAGAGGAGGAGUAUAAUCCCACCAACAACGAAGACACCUCGCACAUUCUAUUGCGACGAUGGCGUCAUCAUACACGGAGAUUGGAAGACUUCUGGAAACAAUGGAAGGAAGAAUAUCUCAUGAUGCUCCAAGAGAGAUCAACGCCACUACAUCGACUGCAACGCCAUCAGUCUGCUAGCCUAACUCCACGAAUCGGCGACAUCGUCAUCGUGAAGCAGGAAGGAACUCCGAGAGGUUUCUGGAGAAUUGCAAGGAUUGAAGACCUGCCGAAGAGUACAACAGACAAAGCCAUCAGAAGUGCUAAAGUUCGCCUGCCGUCGAGGAAUAUCGUCUCACGUCCACUGUCUCAUCUGUAUCCGCUGGAAGUGUCAGCAAUCCAAGAGCCAUCAUCUCCCCAGGACUCCAACGAUGCAGCGACGGAAGAGCCACAACAGCGAAAGGGCAACGCGCCAAAUCAACCACUUGUACAGCGACCAAGAAGAAAGGCAGCAGAAAGAGCCGCGAAGAACAUUGAAUCUUGGCUCGCAUGA